UCUCCCUCGCCAUAUAGUUAAGUAGUUCAGAAAAGGAUAACGUAGAGGUUGUCAUGUCAUAUUGCCUGUCACCCAUUUUCAUGCUCCCGAGAUGGCAUUAGAUUUACCGUAUAUCUUCCCGCCGCCAUGGACAGGCAGGGUGCUGGCUAGCCAACUCAAGGUGUGCACACGGGUUAAGAGCUGCCACAGGAUCAGUAUUAUUGCGAAUCAGUCUGUCUCAGCGUGGGCUCUUCUGCCCGUGCGCUCACCUUUCACGUCUGAACGAUAUAUUGUACAACAAACCUUACCAACUUGCGCAGAAGCAAAUCAUCAGUUGUAAGAACACCAUACGCGGCACGUGAAGAUUGUCGACUCGGUUGCCUGCGGGAGCGGGCGCACUCACUUUCGGCAACUUCGUGACACUUUGCCUCCCAGUCCACUGAAACAGAAAGUUAAUUUCACUUGGAUUUAGAUUUAGGUGGGCGUCAAAGAACCCCAGGUGGUCCGAAUUUUCGCAGUCCCCCACUACGGUGUGCCUCAUAACCAGAUCGUGGUUUUCUCACGUAAAAAUUCCGUAAUUUGUUUAAAAUUAAUUUUGCUCAAGUGUUUUCUGCAGCUCACGAGUAUAUGACUGCUCGGCUGUAGGGUAGCUUUGGCUGUUUUCUUUUUUUUUUUUGUAAAACGAGAACAGCAAAAUACUUUCAUUAAAAAUAAGAACAAAAAUGAAUGUUUGCACAUUUUAGGCUUUACAUGGCGUUCGCGUACCGAAACGUGGUUAUCCAGCUUGAGACACACCGCCUCUCCACCUCUCCCCUCGCUCUUUCUUUGAGUAACUUUUCUGUACCGUUCGCUUUUUAUUGAACUUCUAGAGCACGUGCCGUUUGUUUUGAAUCAGCCGGUGCGGAAAGCUGUACGGCAAACUCCGUGCAUCCGGGGCUGUUCAUGAUUCGGCAAUCGGCUAUCGGUGGCGCUCCUUCUCCGCCGAGAACCGCGAAAAGCACGCAAGUUCUCAAGCGCACGUGACCUCAUGCUGGCGCCCCAGGGGCCAACUGUACUCCGGCAUUGCGCAACUCGUAGCGACGGUGCCCUCAAAGGCAGGCAGGCAGCGCGCUUCGAGAGCCUCGGCCAGCCGUCUACACGCCAACUGAAGCGACACGGGUCAGUCGAGCUGCUAUACGGGAAAGGCACGACGAAAGAAGAGAAAGAAACGAGCAGCAGGCAAUAAUCGGGCGCCGCGCAAGCUGUCCGCAGCGCAGGCAGGAGCAAGUACCGUGUUUACGCCUAUAUAACAGGGUCGUAGUUUCUGCGUCUGUAUAUGUAUAUACUCCGUAUCUACCUCGCUGCCUCUAUCGAUACCUAACACCUCGUUGCAACACAUGAUAAGGUGCACCGACUCGCACUUACUAAGUUCCAAGAUAGGGACAGAGUGCUAAUGGGAAAGGCCGGGAGGGUAACCAGUUGGGAAUAUGCGGUUUGCUACCGUACGCUGGCGAGUGCAAGCACAGAUGAUCGAUGGUGUGUUUCCUUGGAACAACUGGCCUGUGUGAACGACUACACUGUUGAACGUGUUUUUGAUCUUGAACAUGUGCUGUACUUGCCUUGAAAGUGUUGCACUCUCUCUCUCUCUCUCUCUCUCUCUACCCCUUUACUAUUCUAGUUCAGUAUACUCUAGUUCCAAAAUGUUUCAACAACCUACUUACUGCGAAGUGUUUCCAGUGCGAAUUCCAUGUAUAAAAAUACCGCCCAAGCACUCCGUACGGGUGGUUAACCAGCAAAGCUGAAGUGUGCGGCCCCGGUGUUUAUCACUGGGUUAAUCCCGACGGUUCCUUGAACGACGGCGUGGUAGACUACCGGAUCCUCGCUACACAGUUGCUGCUUGUUUUCGGCUGCAUGACCCUGUUCUUGUGCUCGGGCUGCAGCAUCGGCACGGCGUAGAGAAGCUCUUUCCCGGUUCUGGUCGCGGCGUAGCCGUUCGAAAGCUGCCUGCUCCUCAGGAGUACGCAUGAUGUGUGGCCUAUCCAUUUCCGAGCCGGAGAGAAACUGCUGCGCACGCGCUAGGCUGCGACGGAGAGGAACGACGUCACUACGGGCGUAGCCAAUCGCGUGCCUCUUUUUCUCUUCUUUUUUUCUGCGCAUGCGUAUGGGGUUGCGCCGGAGGAGUUUUCAGUGAACAAGCUACAGAUGGACGGACGGACGAAUUGACUAGCCAUAUACAGCUUCGUUGUAAAAAAAAGAUGAUGUUGUGGCGUACUCCUCAUGAUCUUUCCGUAAGUGGCAAUUUUCCCCGCUUCUGCUUCUGAUCAUUCUUGGGAAUGAAGGUUCCUAUUGUUCAUCUGCUAUGAGCACUCACCUACAUUGUGCUCAAUCACUGUUUGUUCACAUUUCAACUACUUCUUUACUCGCCUGACUAAGUUAUAACUGCUAAAUGUCACCCCUUCCCCACACCACCCCUUAAUGUGUCCUAGUAUGUCCUAGUAUUUAUCGCUGCCUGCCAGGUGCUGCUCUACAAGCCCAAUGUGGCUCGCCGGAACUGAACGAUGUAUUUUGCCUCUUAGUUUGGUCAAUAAAUGUAUUUAUUAAUAGCGUUAAUACUCAAGAAGCCGACAACCACUGCAUACAGGGAAGUACACAGAAAAGGAGAGGAUUGAAGCGGACAGGAAAGAAGUUACGCCUUCCAGAAGCAUGGGCGCCAAUGCAAUAUGACGUGAUCAUGAUCAUGAAGAUUGCUGUUGGCAUAUCCGCUGUCGAAAAGGAGCUGUGCCAAAUAGUCACCUGGCCUGCUUUAGCUGAUCGGGCCUUAUAUACAUGCAUAACAGUCUAGCAUUUGGUGUAUCUUUCCUUGAUAUUUCCCUCGGGAUUAAAAGCACUAUCUCUUUCAGCGCAGUUACACCUAUGCCUGUAACGACUCCAGCUCUGUCAAUUUCUUCCCUGCUUCUUUUCCACAAAUAGUGGAAACGUGUCUUGCUCAGUUCGACUGCUGACCAGUUAAUGCUUCCAAUCACUUUGAAUCCCAGCGGUUGUCGAAGCUGCACGUUCCUUACGGUUCUUGCUGACUGAAUGUAUUUCCCCUUUCCCUCUGCGGCCUCUUAAGCCCUCUCCUCCUAGUUGCUGCGUUGAUUUGCGUUCUUCAAAUUCUUAUGCUAUGUUCAGACUACGUUCGUAAGGCGCCGAUUUUUCGUAACAUACGUAAGCGGAAGCGCAACAAGCGUAUGCGUCUAGUUCAGACUGCGAACGUAAAGGUACCAACGUGCGCAAUUCUCGCAAAAAUCGUGGGGUGAGAGUGUUAAAGGGUCGGCAACAUUUACGACUGUUAUGUUACGACCAUUGCGACACAGCCAAUGAGCGAUAAGCUUUCGGCUUUCAACAACCGGUGACGACACUUCCGUCCUUCCGUCUGCAGACAGCUCCGGGCGCGGGAAGUGCCAUUGCGCCAUUCCGUGCGCACGAUUGGCUGUGUUCGUGAAAAUUUUUGCAGUGCGCCUUGCGAGACUGUUUUCAGUUCAUCUGGUUUAUCCGCCGAGGAAAUCGAUGGCCGCAGAUGCGUGCUCCGAACUUCGAUGAGUGGUCUCAUUAGGUUUUCAAGGAAGCGGAACUGCUGGGGCGACAUGCGCAUGAUGUUAUGAAACAUCGCAGCGUCACCAACUCGGAGCUUGGCGAAAAGGUUGUGAAAAUCGCCGUCCACGGCCCUGUCGAGAAAUACUUGCCGCACCCAAACCCUUCUGCGUCGCCUUCGUCGUCUUUGGGCGAUUGAAUACAUGACUAUAAGUUUGUUUUGAGCGUGAAUUUCUUCGAUCUCGGCCAGCGCUCGCAUGUUGGCAGGAGCCAUAUUGGACCGCUGGUGACGUCGAUUCUGCAGCUCCAAAUUUGAUUGGCCUGUUGUAAAAGCCGUAAUUUAAGCAGCAGUAAAUGUGAACAAAGGUGCCGGCUUAACUGCCGUAACGCUUUUUACAGCCGUUACGUUCGAUACGCCAAAAGAGCUGUUACGCACGUUACGACCGUAGUGUGAACAUAGCAUAAUCCGUGCAUAGCGUUCACCGCCAACAUUUGCACGUAAACGUUACGGUUGCACAAGCUGUACUUACGGGGAAGCGUUAGCAGCACUUUGAAUGCUAUCGCCUUCCACUCUUAAAGGCUACGCUUAAGCGUCCUCCGAGUUUUUUUUUUCUACACUACACGGAGUUGGUUAGCCGUGUCUUCUACUACGUGUACGUGAACCCGAUAAAGUCGGGUCGUGUCGGUUUAUCGGGUCGAAAUCCGGUCGUCGGGUUUAUGUACACGCUAGCGAGGUCGGGUGGAGCGAGCGUAGAAAAGAUGUUUGGUCAACCAAACAUCUUCCAACCUCACUGUUGGGUUGAAUCACUCAACCCAGUUGGAAAGAUAACGUCAUCUCUAAUUCCGACUCGACCCACUCGCGUGGAGUUUGCGUAGACGAAGCUUGUAGGUGUCGUGACGGGCGCCAGGCUAUACAACGUGCUUAACUUGGUGAUGCUCGGGCGGAGCAAUCGGCGGCAGCUAGUUGCCGCUAACUUCUACAGCAGGCGUAUAGUCUAUCUCUUUAGUGUACCUUCAAAGCUAAUAUACAGAAGUCAGCACCCGCCGUGGUUGCUCAUUGGCCAUGGUGUUGGGCUGCUGAGCACGAGGUCGCGGUAUCGAAUCCCGGCCACGGCGGCCAGCCACAUUUCGAUUAGGGCGAAAUGCGAAAACACCCAUGCACUUAGAUUUAGGUGCGCGUUAAAGAACCCCAGGUGGUCGAAAUUUCCGGAGUCUUCCAUUGCGGCGUGCCUCAUAAUCAGAAAGUGGUUUUGGCGCGUAAAACCCCAUAAUUUAAUUUUAAAUUUUUUUUACAGAAAUCAGCAAUUUAGUGAGCCGGGACGGUGGCGUUUCCAGCGCUUCCUCGCACACGCCCAUAAAUGUUCUCCUCCGACUUCGCGUUCUUUUUUCUGUCCUUGCCUCCGAUUUCGGAUCGAGGGUUUUAUACUCGCGCAAAGGCGACACACACCUACACGGCUCGUGUAUAUACCGCUCUCGCUUACGGUGUGCGGCGCCGGCUUGGCGGCAAAAAACGGCGAGGUAAAAGAAAAGUAGGUUGUGGGGCGCUCAGAAUCUCGACGAGGGUGCGUCGUCGAGCCUUUCUGCUUUUCCUAUUUUUUUCUUCUUCUUCGCCCGGCCGAGCCAGCAGAUGGAUCUGGCUACGCGGACUUCUCGGCUCUUCCCUCAUUUGGCGCGCUACCAGCAGCCGGCAGGGACGGUCGACGAAGAAGGGGGCCCGGCCAUCGACGCCGCCGAGGUAUUGCGCCUGCCGCAGUUGCACGAGGGAGCAGCCACCGUCCGUAUGCUACCUAGACGUGCUCGCACAAGGCAAGGUCGUCGCGUCACGUGAGAGAGGCCCCGACGACGGAACAACGGCGACGCGGAGGGCGAGAGAAGGCACGCAUGGAACGCCGUUUUCCCGUGAGGAAGCCAUUUCACACCAUGCCUCCCCCGUGCAGCGCGGAAGGAGCCACCGCUGCCUCCACGGCGGAGGCAGCAGCGGCUGCACUGCAGCACGAGUUCCGGACGAGCGGCGUAGCGUCACUCGUCGACGGACCCGAACAGCGCCUGCCGAGGAACUGAACCGCGCCGUUUCGCUCGCAGUCGACGCAAGACGGGCGCGAGCUAGGAUCGCCCUUUCACGAUCCUGCGCCCUCGGCAAACGGAAGUGGUCAAAGGCCCGCGUGAGGUGCGGCGAGCUCACUAUACGUGCAGUGUUACGUGUGCCGUCUGCUUGCUGCCACCUGGGGUGUUGACUAGCAGGACCGCAAGCAACGUCACUGUCGGCGAGCAAACGCCGUCUGCGCGGAGCUGCCGUGAGGGAGAGUCGUCUGCAAGCGUACGUUGGUCAACCCCGGCUCUCUCUCGAACCACGACUCGAGAAGAGCAAGCCUUCCCAGGCUCUGUCUGUGGCAAGGUCAAAGUUGGUGCGUUGCGAGUGCUUUGAGCUAGCGUACACCAGUUUCCUAUGCCAAACCGUGCGCGUGUGUGAGUGCGCGAGUGAUUUGGCGCCUUUGAGGUUGAAGACGGUUGCGCCCCGACACACUGAACGUCUAGGCAUACAUUUGCUCUGGACGAAAAAAGACCCUGCAACGACGACAACGAAUCUCGACCGCUGUAUGCUGCCGUACAUAGACCUCUUAGUGCAUCCAUUUUGCGACUCACUUCCUGGUUUCCGGUUGUUUUCGCUGCUACAGGUUCUUGCGUAACGAAUGCCGUCUAGCAGCGGUACCACAACGUGAACUCCAAAAUACAGUGAGUAUAAGCUCUUGAGCAAACCUUGUUUUCGUUCAGUGGCCCACCGAUCACGACUACGUGGGAGCGGCUGCUCACUCAAGUGCCUUUAACUUGACGUUUGGGUGCCGUCAACGAAAGUCUUAGCGGCUCCGUUGUCGCAGUGUCGUCUGCUCACCACUGGCACCGAUGCAGUACCUGGCGCUCGUCCUCAGUAUCGUCGGAGGCAGCGUGUUCCUGGGCCUUCUGCUGGCCGCCAUCUGCAGCUACUACUGGAUCUCGCAGAGGCAUUACCCGUGCGCCUGGUCUGCCACGGCAGACGCCAAGUCGGACGUGUACUACAAGAAGACCGGCGACUGGAAGUACGUCCAGAACGGCGCCGUCCCGGACGCCGAAGAAGGCGUCGUCACCGACAACGACGAACCGCUGCUCGGUUCCAUCGUGCUGGAAGACGGUGCCAACGAAACGGCGCACGACGUACAGUGUGAUGCCGCGGAGUCGACUACUACCGCCCCCUCGAAGAAGGACUCGAGGCAUGCGGUGACCUCGUUUAGCAGCUUAGAAAUCGUCUGCGAGAACAAGACUGCGAUGUAGUUUGUGAAUCGGCAUUUGCGACGUGUUUGUGUAACAGCCAUCACACUGUGAACUUCACGCUCUCAAAGUGCUAAGUGUCUCAAAACUUGUGGAUCUUGGACAACAAGUGUGUCGCGUCCGCUAGAAGAAAAUUACCAUACCUUGAGCGCUGCAAAUGUUAAGACGCUGUUCAACUGUUUUCUCCAGAGUGAGAUGGUUUGAUAUGCUUGCGAGUGUAAAUCCAUCGAUGUCAGCAGAUGUGGACCAUGACACAAUUAUUGGCAAGAUCCACUCAUUACAAACCACUCGGAACACGUAAUGAAUGUAUUUUAUUUUAGUAUAACUUAACAAAAUGCUCGUUGUCGCUUCUCGCCCGAAGAACAAGAUGCGUCCUUACGCGGGCAGUCUCGGCUGAGGCAACCGUGGUUACUUCUAGUCAACGCAAGAGGUAGAACAGGGCGGGAAAGGAUUAGCACGAAUAACCACUACUUCGUUUGUCCAGGCACAUCUGGUUUUCAUGAACAAUAUGCCGAUAACAAAACACAGCAUAAAAUUCUCCAGUGACAAUGUAUUCUCAUGUAUAAAAACGUUUAAUGGUAUCGGACAUCAAUAUUCGUCUACAUAUAGUUUGUUCUGUCGCUUCUCAGAGAAGCCACGUACCGAAGACAAAUGAGCUCUAUUAUGCGAAGCAUAUUACGAGGGCUCAACCCAGCUCCUCAGGCGCGGCGGUGACCAUGAAAUCACGUGACACCGUGACGUCACGACAGAGGAGAAGUGGCUUUGGCUCAACUCUUGCAAGACGGGCUGGGUGGGAAUCGAACCAGGGUCUCCGGAGUGUGGGACGGAGACGCUACCACUGAGCCACGAGUACAACGCUUCAAAGCGGUACAAAAGCGCCUCUAGUGAAUGCGGUGUUGCCUUAGAAACGCGCUGUUUCUAAGGCGUGCGUCUCUUGCUCAGGCGCACAUUUCGUUGCCGCGCCGAACGCUGCUUUGCUCGACGCUCACCGCGUCCAAUGCGGGGCGCGUAGUCGCUGCCCUGUAGCCCAUUGUCUUACACCCCUUGGCGGGUCGACGGGAACGCUGUCGCGUUCCACUCUUGAAGGCGAAGAAGUAAUGCAUGAGUUGUUUCUUCGUCUAGCCGAACCAAAUAUAGCCAAGCAACAGCAGUUCACCAGGCUAAACAGUGGUUCAACAACUAAAAUAAAGGCUAGUAUGCUUCGCAUCCUGGGCUUAACCUUACCUAAGCCACAGCCAUUUUUUUUGUUUCGGUGUGAGAGUACUAGGCACAGGAAAUGCCUUGUUAGAGAAUUUGGAAGAGUGUUCCUUCACAUUUCUACUGCAGCUACAGUCAGACGCUUGAGUUUUGGGGCUAUCGGUAAAGAAUUUGCCAUGACAUCGCUGCCACAGACGGAUGCAUCAACCAUAGUUAAUUAUCGACAAAAUAGGCGCUUCCUUCACAGAGAUUUCUAUGGCCUGUAGUACUAGAAUAGCCCGAGACCUCGCUGAAAACGAGUGCUGAUCAUCGACGAGGAGUUGCCGCUCGCGUUAAAAGCAAGAUAUAACGCGCAGCAAUGCGCUACAAUAACUUUUCGACCGCGUUACUAGUUUCCAUGCUUGUGACGUCACUUGCGAGAGCCCUAUAUGGACAGUGGCGUAGCUAGGUCGUCUGGCACCUGGGGCCCAUAGGUCUUCAG